AUGGCAAUUGGAAUUUUUUUUGCUCUGUACUUUGUUGUUUUCUUCUUCUCUGGGGCUCAUUCAGUAACAUUCACAAUCAUAAACCACUGUCCCUACACAAUUUGGCCGGCGACGUUGACCGGCGGUGGUAGGCCUCAAUUAUCUACGACUGGGUUUCUGCUAGCUUCCGGUGCAUCGUCAACUAUCAAUGUUCCAGCUUCAUGGUCAGGCCGGUUCUGGGCCCGAGGGUUUUGCUCAACAGACUCUGGAAGGGUCACUUGUCUGAGCGGAGACUGUGGUUCUGGCCAAGUUGCAUGCAAUGGUGCCGGAGGAAAACCACCAGCAACCCUAGUAGAGUUCACUCUAGCCGGCAGCGGUGGACAAGAUUUCUACGACGUUAGCCUUGUAGAUGGUUUCAACCUGCCGGUUUCUGUGAUUCCACAAGGUGGAUCCAACUGUAGAUCGACGGCUUGUCCGGUCGACUUGAACGCAAACUGUCCAUCAGAGCUAGCCGUGAGGAAUCCAAAUGGGGCUACGAUUGGUUGCAAGAGUGCUUGUUUGGCCUUUAAUCAACCGCAGUAUUGUUGCACCGGCAGUUUUGGCUCGCCGCAGACUUGCCCGCCCACAAAAUAUUCUAAUUUCUUGAAGGGCAAGUGCCCACAGGCUUAUAGCUAUGCAUAUGAUGAUAAAACUAGCACUUUUACUUGCACCGGUGGAGCAAACUACCGUAUUACAUGGUGCCCAUGA